CCUCUCUCCUGGAACACAAUGUGAUUUCUGACGGCAUACCAGUUGCUCCACUUGACAGUGUUUGUUUGUCUCGUUUCACUUGAAUAUUCACUGGUGAGUAAGAACAGAAGUGGAAAGCCUUACUUACCACAGUUUAUUAUAUGUUUCAUGCCCAUGAUAAUUAUUUUUAUAAUGCCACUCGUGAAUAAAUUGAUCAGAUUAGGAUGAAUCACCUGAGUGGCCAACAGCUAUUGGAAUGAUCCUCCAUGUGUGACUUGGAAUUAUUACAAAACGUGGCAGGAUAGACCUGCCCAGCCAUCGCAGCAGAUGUUCAUUUGUAAUGCUGCCUUAAGGAAUAAGGAGAUGAGAGCAAAUUGUUCCAGCAGCUCAGCCUGCCCUGCCAACAGUUCAGAGGAGGGGUUGCCAGUGGGGCUGAAGGUCUAUGGGAACCUGGAACUUGUUUUCACAGUGCUGUCAGCCGUGAUGAUCGGCCUGCUCAUGUUCUCCUUGGGAUGCUCUGUGGAGAUCCAGAGGCUCUGGUCGCACAUCAGGAGACCCUGGGGCAUUGCUGUGGGACUGCUCUGCCAGUUUGGGCUCAUGCCUCUUACUGCCUAUCUCCUGUUCAUCAGCUUCUCUCUGAAGCCAGUCCAAGCUAUGGCUAUCCUCAUCAUGGGGUGCUGCCCAGGGGGAACCAUCUCGAACAUUUUCACCUACUGGGUUGAUGGAGAUAUGGAUCUCAGCAUCAGUAUGACAACUUGUUCCACAGUGGUUGCCCUGGGAAUGAUGCCACUCUGCCUUUAUAUCUACACCUUGUCCUGGAAUCUUGAGCAGAAUCUCACCAUUCCAUAUCAGAACAUAGGAAUUACCCUUGUGUGCCUGACCAUUCCUGUGGCCUUUGGUGUCUGUGUAAAUUAUAGGUGGCCAAAACAAUCCAAAAUUAUUCUUAAGAUUGGAGCCAUUGUUGGUGGGGUCCUCCUUUUGGUGGUUGCAGUCACUGGUGUGGUGCUGGCGAAAGGAUUUUGGAAUUCAGACAUCAUUCUUCUGACCAUCAGCUUCAUCUUUCCUUUGAUUGGCCAUGUCACAGGCUUUCUCCUGGCACUUCUUACCCACCAAUCUUGGCAGAGGUGCAGGACGAUUUCCUUAGAAACUGGAGCUCAGAAUAUUCAGAUGUGCAUCACCAUGCUGCAUUUAUCUUUCACUGCCGAGCAAUUAGUCCAGAUGCUUAGCUUCCCAUUGGCCUAUGGACUCUUCCAGCUAUUGGAUGGGCUUCUCAUUGUUGCAGCAUAUAAGAUGUACAAGAGGACACUGAAGAACAAACACAGAAUAAAGAACCCCGCUUUAAGGGUAGAAGCCCGCUUUAAGAAGAAAUCCACUUCUCCCAAAGAGGCCAGUGCUUUCUUGGAGGUGAAUGAAGAAGCUGCUCUAACUCCUGGGCCAUCAGGGCCCAUGGAUCUCCACAGGGCUCUCAUGCCAACUGGCCAGAUCUCAUGUGCAAAGUAGGGGUUUGCCGGCUUGACUGGUCCCUGUCUUCCUCAGCGGCCAGUAAAGACAGUGCAGAGCUGAUGAGUGAAUCUCACUGGCAGGGCUUAUGGGAAUGUUUGCGUGUCAAAUGUCAACAUAUUUAUAUUUCUGUGUGGACUUUGAUUUGUCAUAGGAUCCCCUUUUGAGAAUAUGCUCUGCUUAUUUCAGGUUCUUUCUUUGGGGGUUUACACAACAGAUUUACUAGCUACUUUGUGUGUUCUUGUCUUCCCAUACCGUGAAGAGUGAUCCCCACUGUUAUGUGAAGUCCCCAAGCUGUGAAUUUUAAUCUCACAAGAGUUAGAACUCUGUGUAGAGGAGAUGUCACCUCAUACUGCAGGGCAAGGACAGAGUCUGGACCCACUUGACUUCUCAACUUUGGGCAAGUCCUUUGGGGUAUUGGGAAGGAGGCAUACAGCUCU